AUGUCUGUCCACAACUCUUCCUUUACUGUUUUCAUAAGAUUACCAUUUCCCCGCAAAGAUUUUGUAGAUCCUCCUCCGGUCGAUUGGGAUGCCGUUAAAGAUAAACAACUAUGGAAGAUUAUCUCGAAUGCAUCAAAAGUAUCCGCAAUUGAUUGUAUGCCCCUAGCUGCCGAAUUUCGAGUCCCCCUACCUUUUCUAUUACAACAAGUAGCCUGGCUUUAUGAAAGGCAAAUGCAACAAGUACAGGCACAAAUGCGCAAAGCUAGACUAUCGACAGGAACAGCCAUAGCUCCUGUUCAUUUAGGGAGUAAGUCUGAUGAUAGAAGGGUAGCUGUGGAAACAGACCAAAACCUAUUAACAGGCCCUUACCAAAGAAAAGACACUAUAGUAAGCAAUGGUACUGUUGAGAAUCAAAAAUACGGAAACUGGCCUUCGACAUCCCAGCCAUUGAUCUUUAACACGACUACCACCUACCAGAACGCAGAGCCGGCAACUCCUUCCGUAGGAACAACAAUUGUUCAAAAACUACAGAGUAGGUCUAGGGUCAUUAAAAUACCCCGCCUCAAAACAUAUGCCCCUGAGAAAGACUCUUCAGAUUCACUAUCAGAUUCUGACUUGCAUCUACCUACUUCAUCAAGGCAUCGAAAAUUAUCGUACGCAAGUAACUCAAUAGGCCGAAAACUUGCAGAUGAAGAUGACGAUGACUUAGCAUUUCUGCCUUAUACACCACCAAUAAACGAAGUCCAAGGAGAAACAAAAUGUGUCGCAACAAGUCAUAUCCGAAAUGACAGCGAUCAAGUACCUUCAUCUAUUACUAGAGCCGUAGAACAACCACCAUCUUCAAAGAUAACUGCGCUUUCUCCCAAAAAUAGAGGUCCAUUGUACAAUCAGGCAACCAAAAAAUAUGGAAGUGGUAUUUCUAGUAAGUGGACGUCAGAAGCCGAUAUCGCAACUUCUGGUGCAAAAGGUAAAAGUGUAGAAAAGAAUGAUAGCACCCCUAGUAUCGGAAGUAGUUUCAGUGAUUUAGAUGAUUCUUCCGUAACGCAAAGCGCCUUAGAGGAAGCCUUAGCCAGCAACAUGCAAGCCGGGGCAAUGGCUAGUCGAAUGAGCACUAUUAGCCAAGCUCUCAGGAGUAAAUAUCUUUAA